UAUCAUCACACAGCGCAUGCGCAGAGCGUCAAGAUGGCGGCGCCCGUAAAGUUCGUCUGCCUCGAUCAGUUUCCACCUGAUAUGCACCCCUUGCAAGCAGUCGUCCGUAAGUUACAGUUAACUGAAAUAUUUUCUAACUCCACUGGAACCUCAUGCGCGCUGUUAUUAUCCUGUCAGGAAACUCAGACGUCCACAAAGUCGGCAGUUUUAGUUUGCGCCCACAUAACAGCUGAGGAGUUCCCUGACUGCACGGUCCAUAGUAACACCAGCACUCUGGCAGUUUAUGUGUCUAAAGCUUUUCUAAGUCACUACAAUUUUCAGGAAGAAACGCCAGGAAUCGCGCGUAUCCUACAGCCUCUGCCUUUGGACAAGAUAGUAAUUGGUGCUCGCACUAAGCAGAGCUUCAGAUGGGCAUCUUCGGAAGAAUUCUCCAGUUUUCUGCUAGUUUUGGCAUCGUGUCCUGGACAGACUGUGUUGGUGAGGAGAGGUGACACUCUGAUUUUACCACACCAUCCUCUGCUUGGUGAUAACGCCACUCUGGUGCGUCAGUAUCUCUCUGAUUUGGUCGUGCUGGAUUGCACACCUCUUACCCAUGGUAUGAUCACUGUAAACACUACUGUUGUAGUCUCUGAUUGCAGGGACCUUUUGCAUGGCCAUGGUGCUUUGGACUCUGCUGACAGCAGCGUAACCCUCAGACCGUCCAGUGUGUCCUUGUUCGUCUCUGAUUUCGCCCACUAUGCGAACAAUCUUGGCCCGGCGAGCUCGUUUCUGAGUAACCGGCUUUUGUUCAGCUCUGGAUUCACAGAGGUUCUUCAAGCCCUUGAGUGCAGGCUGGAUGUGCAGGUCACCUGUGACAAUGCCAAGCUUUGUAAGUUGGCAAAUUUUGGGAGGAAAAUAGGGAAGAAUGCAGAGGUGGACAUGGACAGCUCCAUUUUUGUGAGCAAAACCCUAUUGUUAAAGCUAGGGUUGUUUAACGGUGAAUGGGUCAUGGCUGCAUUGGGAAAAGUAAAAAGAUGUUCGGGACCAGAAGGGGCACAAAGUCCUCCAGACAACGAAUGUGGAGCAAAGGCUAUGACUAAGACCAAAGGAGAUAGUCAUCUGGCUAAAAUUGUGGCUUUUAUUAAGUCUUCAGACAUGGACGUUAGCGAUAAUGCAGGUUUCAUCUCACCGGUACUGUGGUUUAACUUGUCCAAUGGAGAAGGAACACCCGUUGGAAGUAAAAGCCUCAAAAUAAAGAGAUGGAACAAGGCACCGUUACAGCCAGGACACAAACUGUCUGCAAGUAUAUGCUGUUCUGCUGCACCGCCAUAUGCCAAAGAACUACACAUUGAUGCAGUUAUGUCUCCAGAUUAUGACUCCCAUGGGCCCUUUGACAAUAUUCUCUUUAAGCACUUCAGCACACCUCGACUUGUCCAGCAGGGAAGCAUACUGGGUAUUCCAACACAAGGUCAUCUGGAUUUUUUGGAAAAUAGCUCUGAUGAAAUCACAAGAUGGCCAGUCUUAUAUUUUAAAGUGAAGCAGGUGUCUGGCUUUUCUGAGGAUGAAGCAGAAGUCGGAUCAUAUCUUGCUGAUACAGACCACACCUCUCUGUAUAUGAGAGGUUCCACCAAUAGUCUGGCUCCGUGCUCCAUCUCAGAGGCAGGUUCAUCAUUCUGGAUGAGUCUCUUGCCUCCAGGACUCUCUGACAUUGUUGAGAAAUUGGUCUCCAUCAUACAGCCGCACGUCACUGAAAGGUGUGUAAAUUUGAGGCGAGCCUGCUCUGUUCUCCUCAUGGGUGCAGAUGGAUGCGGGAAGGUCACAGCGAUCAAGGCGGUUUGUCGAAGGCUUCAUCUACACCUGCUAAAGGUGAACUGCGUGACCCUGUGUGGAGACACUGCAGCUGCCUGCGAGUCCAAGAUGAAGGCCGCCUUCCACAGAGCGGAGCUCCAUCACCCCUGUGUGCUUCUGCUGAGGAACCUGCAGUUACUUGGCCAGCGGCGAGACAGCACUGAAACAGACUCCAGAGUAGCUUCUGCACUCUGCCAGCUCAUAGCUGAUGCCCACUCAAGUGUAAUCUUGGUUGGCUGCGUGCGUGCCCAGCGGGAUUUGUCCUCAGACGUUAUGCCAGCCUUUGUACACCAGGUUGUGAUGGAGAGUCCCACAGAGGAGCAGAGGAAAGCCAUGCUAGCCAGCCUCAGUCAAGACCUCCCUCUAGGGAAAGAUGUCAAUCUGGCUAAGAUCGCUAAGCAGACUGCGGGUUUCAUUUUGGGAGAUUUCUGCGCACUACUCACUGGUGCUGGAAAAGCAGCUCAUCAGCGCCUGCUGAAGUCUUAUUAUCCACAUGGGGCCAGUGCUCAGGAAGAGGAGGACCUGUGUGUGUUUGGUGUGACCAUUAUGGGUGUUGACUUCACCACAGCGCUGGAGGCUCUGCAGGAGGCCCGGUCACAGGCAAUCGGUGCACCAAAGAUCCCAUCAGUGAAGUGGCAGGAUGUGGGUGGUCUGCAGCAGGUCAAGAAGGAGAUCCUGGACACCAUCCAGCUCCCUCUGGAGCAUCCAGAGCUGCUCUCACUAGGUCUGAGACGCUCUGGCCUGCUGCUCUACGGACCUCCAGGCACUGGCAAGACUCUGCUAGCCAAAGCUGUGGCUACUGAGUGUUCUCUAACCUUCCUCAGUGUCAAAGGUCCAGAGCUCAUUAACAUGUAUGUUGGGCAGAGCGAGGAAAACAUCAGAGAAGUGUUUUGCAAAGCUAGGACUGCAUCUCCCUGUAUUAUCUUCUUCGAUGAGUUGGACUCUUUGGCUCCUAACCGAGGCCGCAGCGGAGACUCAGGAGGGGUGAUGGACAGGGUCGUGUCGCAGCUCUUAGCUGAGCUUGAUGGCUUGCAUUCAUCUAGUGAUGUCUUUGUGAUUGGAGCAACUAACCGGCCAGACUUACUCGACCAGUCGCUUCUCAGGCCCGGCAGAUUUGAUAAAUUAGUGUACGUUGGCAUUAACGAAGACAAGGAAUCACAGCUACAAGUGCUCAAGGCUAUAUUACGAAAGUUUAAGGUGGAUCCCAGUGUCAGUCUGUCGGAAAUAGUGGAGCGCUGUCCACUUCAGCUCACAGGAGCCGAUCUAUAUGCACUCUGCUCUGACGCCAUGAUGUCUGCUGUUAAGAGGAGGAUUUUGCACAUCACUGAAGGUCUGGAGUCAGAGGAUGCUACGCUCACGCUGUGUGCCAAUGACUUCAACAGAGCUCUGGACAUCCUGCAGCCAUCAGUGUCUGAGGAGGAGCUGCACAAGUACAAACUCAUCGAGCAGAAACUCACUGCAAAGUAACACAACCACUACCACCACCACCACAAACACCACUGCAGACUGGAGUGGAAAAACUCCUGUACAUCACGCCACUCUUCCUGCUUCAAACCACCUCUGUCUCUGUGCUGCUCCAGAUUCCCUACAACCUGCUGGGUCUGUGCAGAUCUAGUCCACUGUAUCCUGUAACUGAAUCUCAUUCUUUAAACUUUCAGCUAAGUUGAAAAAUGCCAUUUCACACUGCACUACACAUUUCUAAAUUGAUUUAUGAUACAUUCCACAGCUUAGUUAAUUGAGUCCAUACAACCAGUAUAGGCUACACAAACAGAGGCAGAGUGAAUGGAAUCUUUGAGAUGUGUGCAGUGGCCUGGGAAAACCCUUCACAUGCUGAGAUUUUCCUCUAUGUAUAGUUCUGAAAACUAUAGGCUUUCCUGAACUUUAUUUCGCUUUUGCGUCACAACUAAAAGUAAAGUUAGAACAUUUUUGAAACUCUGAUUUACCCCUAAAAGUGAAAAGAGAAAACUGUAUUGCAGUACAGGACAUUCUGACACCUGAUAUCUGAUUACAAACUGAAUUGAUUAGGUUGAUAAGGUUUAUGUCUAUUUCACUAUGACACAUAAUGAACCAUCAACUUGUUCAUUGUCCAGCGAGGUUUUAGACAUUUUCAGGCAGACUGACUCUUUUUACCACUGAGUUUGAUAAACUGGCUUCUUAUUCGAUGUGAUCUAGGAAGACUGCCUAGGCAAGAUUAGAAAAUUAAUAAAACAUUUCUAUAUCAUUUCAGGGGAAACCUAUUUAUGGUUUCUUAAAGUAGAGGUCUUGGAUUUGACCAAAAUCUGAUUUGUUUUUUCUUCUUCUUUUUUUUAAAUCAGGUUUUCUGAAAAGUUCAUAUUUUCUUGGAACUUGGAAACUUCAACUGUAACCAAAAAUAGUGAAUUUUUUUUUUCAUUCUGUUUUAUUUUCCAUUUCCUAAUUUGUAACAAAAUGAAAAAUUACAGCUAUCUUUAAGCCGCACAACUACAUUAAAGCAUGUGACAUAAUCAAUUUUGACGUAAGAUUUACAUAAAUCCUCUAGCAUUCUUUUAAAUAUAAAAAAAAAAAAUAAUAAUAAUAAUUUAUGUAUUGCUUAUGAGUGUAUGCCCCAAUGUACAGUAAGGUACCAAGGGUUACCUGGUUUUCUGACAACAAGCUAACACUUCUUUCUGGCAAUAAAUUACCACAUAUUUCAACACCAUUUAGCUUUAAAAUACACCGUGAUAAACUAGUAAGCUCCAAAAGCAUCGAAUAGUUAAACAUUGUAACUAUUAUGUUUAAUGUGAUGCUCGCCCUGUAAUUUGCCAUGCUUUUGGGAAAACUCCACGCAGUGAACUUGCUCUUUUACAGCAUGUACCAUGCAGGUUAAUUAUACGCUCACAGUUGAUGGUGUGCAAGCAGAAUUACCUAAUGCAGGUUUUGAGAAAUAACAGUCCAUUAGCAUGCAUCAUAAUGCCAUCAGACAACAGAGCUUCUGACUCAGACAGGCAUUUUCAGUUUACAGGCAGGCUUAAAUAGAUUUCUGGUUACACUUUAUAUUAAGUGUUGAUGUAAUUUAUUAGAUUAUUAAUUUAAUUUGCUGUGCAAAUGAUUGUCAUAAAAGACAUGCUGUGCAAUAGUCUAGGAUUUAUGCAAUGUUUUGCUUUUAUAAAUAUAAAAUUAUUUUGCAGUAAGCAAUUAAAACUGUUAUGUUAGACUUUUAUGUUUUUGUGUAGUUUUACUUCUGGAUCCAAUGCCAUUAUUUUAUCACAACAUGUUUUCUUACAAAGGACAAAUAGGACAGCUUAAUAUAAAGUGUUACCUUCUUUAUUUGAUGGAAAUUGUAUGUACAUGUAUGUAAAGUCUGUAGAGAGAAGAGAAAUGAAACAUUUGAUUCUGCUGUCAUUGUAGCUAAGAGGAAGGAUAAAAGACAAUAUAAACGUAAAAAACAGAAUUCAAAUAAGAAAAUAGUGAUUUCAUUAAGUUCAUUCCAUAUCUUUCGAACUGUGCAAGCUCCUUUUUCUCUCUCUCCAACUUGUAGUGCUUUCUGGUUAAGUCCAGGCUUUGUGACAGGAGCCAGUUAAAUACUGCUACAUGUUGUGCUACAUGAUCAUUGUCACACAGUAAAAUGUUACUUAUCACUCA